GGCUUUUUCUAUUUCAUUUUAUAGAAUAUAUAAUGUCUAACGUUCCAGCAAACAUUAGAGCAUGUCUUUUUGACAUGGAUGGUACAAUCUUAAACACCGAAGAUAUCUACACCGAAGCCUCAUCGGAGCUUUUGGCCAAAUAUGGCAAAGGUCCCAUGACUUGGGAUGUCAAAAUCAAGUUGCAAGGCCGUCCGGGUCCUGAAGCAACCAAAAUCAUGAUUCAAGAAUACGAUUUACCAAUCACUCCACAAGAGUUUAUUGCCGAAUCCAUUAAAGUCCAAGAGAAUAAAUGGGCCCGUACAAAGUUUUUACCGGGUGCUUUAGAGCUUUUGAAAUAUUUGAAAGAAAACGAAAUUCCUAUUGCAUUGGGAACCAGUUCCAAUAGUAUCAAUUACCAAAGAAAAACUCAACACUUGAAGGAGGGAUUCGAGCUUUUUGGUGAUCAUAUUGUCACCGGUGAUGAUGAAAGAAUCCCACCAGGGAAAGGUAAACCAAAUCCCCAUAUUUGGUUUACUUGUUUAGAUAGUCUCAACACCGAGCGUCAACUUAAAGGUUUGGACUCAAUAAAGAUUGAAGAAUGUCUAAUCUUUGAAGACGGUAUUCCAGGAGUAAUUUCUGGCCAAAAUGCCAAUGCUUAUGUUAUUUGGAUCCCAGACCCAAAUGCAUUGGAAAUUUUGGCCGGGAAAGAACAUGAAAUCAUUGGUGAUAAAGGCGAAAUCAUCAGCAGCCUCCAUCACUUCGACAAAACAAAGUUUUCCCUUUAAUCUAGACUUCACAUCCUACCAUACUUUUAGAAAUAUGUUUUAGAGUAGCAAAUCUAUAGAUGUACGAU